CUAUUGUAGUCCACAAAUUUUAAAUUUCUUAGGAAACUAUAAUCCCUUUCAAAUUUAUUUAUACCACGGUUAAAGUGAAGUACGUACUAUGGGUUGCGACGGCGGUACUAUCCCCCGAAGAGAUGAACUCGUGAGACUUAAAAAAAAGCCAGAGCAGAAAGAUAAAGAUGCAGAACGUUCUUUCAAAUGGCGCAACUGUGCUUUGUCCCAGCAACCAUUACAAGAGCCAGUAGUGGCGUGUGGACUCGGUCGCCUCUACAGCAAAAGUUCAGUACUGGAAGCUUUAUUAGACAAAGAUUCCAAACCUGAAUCAAUCAACCACAUCAAAAACCUCAAGGAUCUCAAGGACCUAAAGCUUGUGAAGAAUCCAGCUUACGUUGCAUCAGAACACACAGAAGGCACAGUUGGUGAUGGUAGUGCACCCUACAUCUGCCCCAUUAGUGGCCUGGAGAUGACUGGAAAGUUUCGUUUCAUAUUCCUGUGGAGUUGUGGCUGUGUUCUUGCUGAAAGGGCACUAAGAGAAGUUAAACAGAAUAUUUGUCACAUGUGUCAACAACCUUUCACAGACAAUGAUGUUGUUGUCCUUAAUGGUACAGAUGAAGAUUUAGAAAAGCUCAGAGAGAAGAUGACAAUUAGGGUUGCAACCCGAAAGAGUGGUAAGAAAUCCAAGGUAAAUAAGUCAGAAAAAGCUGAAAUUGAGAUAUCAAAUACAGAGGCUCCGUCAACUUCUGCCAGUGAACCUUCAACAUCUGGUAUUAAAACUGAGAAAGAUAUAAAGCAAGAAGCUGAGCCGGAAGCAGGGCCCAGUCAAGCCACCAAGCAUGAAAUUGAUACCAUUCCACUAUCAUUACCCAAGUAUAACCCAAAUAAACAGACUCGCGGACACUUUGGUUCAAGUAAAAGAGCACACCCGACACAACUCAUUGAAGACCCAUCUUAUAAGAAAACUAAGAAAGAUUACAGUAUAGCUAAAGACCCACAAUCAAGUGAAGUGUACAAAUCAUUAUUUACUUCUCAUAAGAAUGACAAAGAUCAGCAGAGAGCUCACUGGGUCACAUAUAAUCCAUUUUACAACUGACAUGAUUGUAUUAGUUGAUUGUAAAUAAAUAAAUACACUG